AUGCAUUGCACUUUUGAAUAGAAGGAUGCUAUUUUUAACCUUUUUGCUUAAGUUAAUGAUGUAGAUGAACAAAUAUUUAGUUUCAUAUUAAAAAUAUUUAAAAAAGAGAAAGUUUUUGACAUUAUCUAAUAUCUUUCAGAUUAGGAAAAUAAGAGACAUCUAGAAUAAUAAGUCUUACAACAAUAAGAAAAUUUAACACAAGUUGAUUAUUAAAAGAAGUUGUAAGUUGCUAGCAGUAACAUUUAAAAAAUAACUAAUUUCAUCAACAAAGUAAAAGAUCACGACUUUAAUAACAAAGACUAUUCGAAAGAAGAAAAUUAAGAAUCUAUAAAAGAUCUAAUUAAAAGAAUAAAGGAUGAUAAAUAGUUUAUAGAAUUUUUGUAAUUUUUAGUUCAUCUCACUACCUUAGAUAAAACUUUAAUAUAAUGUGGGUCUAAUUCAUUACACUUAUUAGUUUAAAUGAAGGUGGAUCUUAGAAACAAAAAUUUGGAAAAUAUUAAGAUAGAAAAUACUUCUUUGGUUGGAGCUAAUUUUGUUAGAUGCAAUUUAAGUGGAUCAGAAUUUAAUAAUGUAAAUAUUAGUGGGAUAAAUUUGAAUGGUGCUUUGUUAUUUAAUUGCAAAUGGAAUAACUUAAAAAUACUUGAAUUUAACAAUUUAGAUGGUCAUGAUGGAUAUGUGAGUUCUGUUUGUAUUUCUCCUGAUGGAAGUACAUUAGCAUCUAGUGGGUAUGAUAAAUUUAUCCGUUUAUGGGAUAUUAAAACAGGAUAAUUAAAAGCCACAUUGGAUGGUCAUGCUAACCCAGUCUGGUCGAUCUGUUUUUCUCCUGAUGGAAGUGCAUUAGCUUCUAGUGGUUAUGAUAAAUUUAUCAUUUUAUGGGAUAUAAAAACAGGGUAAUAAAAAGCCAAAUUGGAUGGUCAUGCUAAUUGUGUAUAUUCAGUCUGUUUCUCUCCUGAUGGAAAUAGAUUAGCAUCUGGAAGUAGUGAUAAAUCUAUUCGUUUAUGGGAUGUUAAAACAGGAUAAUAAAAAGCCAAAUUUGAUGGUCAUAAUAGUUAGGUCUACUCAGUCUGUUUCUCUCCUGAUGGAACUACGUUAGUAUCUGGUGGGUAUGAUAAAUUUAUCCGUUAAUGGGAUUUAAAAACAGGAUUAUAAAAAGCCUAAUUGAAUGGUCAUACUAGUCCUGUCUACUCAGUCUGUUUCUCUCCUGAUGGAUCUACAUUAGCAUCUGGUAGUGAUGAUAAAUCUAUCCGAUUAUGGGAUGUAAAAACAGGAUAAUAAAAAGUUAAUUUGACUGGUCACAAUGACACUGUUAGAUAGGUUUGUUUCUCUCCUGAUGGAACGAAAUUAGCAUCUUGUAGUUAUGAUAAGUCUAUCCGUUUAUGGGAUAUAAAAACAGGAUAAUAAUAAGGCAAAUUGGAUGGUCAUACUUUUUAUGUAUACUCAGUUUUUUUCUCUCCUGAUGGAACAGUGUUAGCAUCUGGUAGUGAUGAUAUGACUAUCCGUUUAUGGGAUAUAAACACAGGAUAAUAAAAAGAUAAAUUGGAUGGUCAUUAAUAUUAUUACAACUCAGUCUGUUUUUCUUCUGAUGGAACUAUAUUAGCUACUGGGAGUAAAGAUGAUUCUCUCCGUUUAUGGGAUGUCAAGACAGCAAAAGAAAUUCAAGCCACGGAUAAAAUUUAUAAAAAUAUAGUUGCUUAAUUUAAAACACCCCUAUUUUAAUAAAACCCUUUUUAAGGUAUUUAUUUUUUUAAUUAUUUAGUUUCCAGUUAUUCGAUUCUUGUUAUAUCCAAAUAAAUAAAUUUGUAAGCUUAAGGAACAUAAAUCUUGAAAGGAGAAUUUAUCAAUCAUUAAGGAAAAGAUUUAAGACCAUUAUUUUUAUCAAAAGGGAGUUGCAUUUUGGAAGGCUUAAUGCAAAAGUGA